AUGACUUGUAAAGGUGGGGAAUGAGAAAAUCAUGGGAAAUCAUUCUACAAGUCUGAAAAAACAAGACCCAUAAAACCAACAGAGAGGAAAGGGGCCUCCAAGCUUCAAACCAUCUCACCUUUCUACAUGCAUCAUAGAAGGGUUUGAUGAGGGUUUUCUCUUUUCUCUUUAGAAAAGAUUUGAUGCAAUAGAGCCUUCUCUGUACAUAUUGUCCCAGAAGAAGGCUCUUCCUCUGACACAUAGGUUUACAUACAUAGUUUUUAUGCUCUUUUUGGGUUAGAAUAAUAUGAUCAGGUUGUGGGUAUCUGCUCUGCAAUUGCUGGAGCUGUUUGUGAGCUCUUUGGUUCAUUUGGUAUAUGGGUUGUACAUAUUCAGCACGGCUUUGGCCGGUGACCUUUCCCAGGCCUUGAAUGAAUUUCGUUUCAAGUCAAAUGUGAUUGCACCGGUCAAAGAAGAAGGGCUAAUCGGGUCUACAAAUUCUGAUGAUUUGCCUCCUAUAGUUCUAGUCCAUGGAAUCUUUGGAUUCGGCAAAGGGAGAUUGGGGGGGUUAUCGUAUUUCGCGGGGGCGGAGAAAAAGGAUGAGAGGGUUCUGGUGCCGGAUUUGGGCUCAUUAACUAGUAUAUACGAUAGGGCUCGUGAAUUGUUCUAUUAUUUGAAAGGGGGGCAAGUUGAUUAUGGUGAGGAACAUAGCAAGGCUUGUGGGCACUCUCAAUUUGGAAGAAUUUAUGAGCAAGGGCAUUAUCCUGAAUGGGAUGAGGAUCACCCUCUUCACUUUGUGGGGCAUUCGGCUGGAGCGCAGGUUGUUAGGGUUUUGCAGCAAAUGCUUGCUGAUAAGGCAUUUAGAGGGUAUGAGGGCACUUCAGAGAAUUGGGUAUUAAGCCUAACAUCAUUAUCUGGAGCUUUCAAUGGAACAACCAGGGCAUAUUUCGAUGGGAUGCAGCCAGAAGAUGGGCGUACAAUGAAACCUGUUUGUCUACUUCAGCUGUUGCGCUUAGGAGUAAUAGUUUUCGAUUGGUUAGACAUCAGCUGGCUGAAGGCUUAUUACAACUUUGGGUUUGAUCACUUCAACAUGUCUUGGAAAAAAAUAGGUGUUUGGGGUCUUGCCGAUUGCCUUAUGGGAAAUACAGGUCUGUUUGCUUCAGGAGAUUGGAUCCUUCCAGAUCUGACGAUUCAAGGGUCUAUUAGACUGAACAGUCAUCUACAUACAUUUCCCGAAACGUUCUAUUUCAGCUAUGCCACGAAGAGAACUACGAGAAUCGCGGGUUUCACCUUUCCUUCUAGCAUACUUCGAACCCACCCUUUGCUUUUCAUAAGAGUCUUUCAGAUGAGCCAGUGGACUCAUCCUCUGGAUGCCACUCCGCCUUACAAAGGCUAUAGGGAUGAAGAUUGGUGGGACAAUGAUGGAGCACUUAACACAAUUUCAAUGACACACCCUCGAUUGCCAGUUGAACAUCCAAGCCAGCUUGUUGUAAGGGAUUCUGAUUGCCAGCCUUUGCAACCAGGCAUCUGGUAUUACAAGAUUGUGGAAGGCGAUCACAUACUUUUCAUUAUAAAUCGGGAAAGAGCGGGAGUUCAAUUUGAUUUGAUAUAUGACAGCAUCUUCCAACGCUGCAGAAAACAUGUUUUUAGGAAGACUCCAACGCUACCGAAUCAAGCUCACCAAUAGUAGAAAUCGUUCUACCCACUCGUACAUUACGGCUAGAUGAAAUGAAAAUAGAGAGAAAGGAAGCUGUUGCUCUGCUAUUUUUUUCUUCUUUCUGUGUACCCUAAAAUGUAAAUGUAAUAGCUUUCCUUUCUUCUAUUUUUUCGACAAAAAUACUUCUCUCGAAACGAAUUCUCAAAUGCGUACCUAUACAUCAUACCCCAAUUCAUCAGUGCA